GCUAAGUGGCGUACCAGUUCAUCAGCUGCCGAGCCUCCGUUAUUAUCGGAAUAUUGACCGUCACUGAAACUGCACUGCACCAACUGGCUCCAUGAUGCUGGCGAUUACUGUUCUGAUGUUUCUGUUGGGAGGGAUCGAGUUGGGGGAGGCACUGGAGUGCACACAGUGUAUGUAUCUGACCGCUACAAGUGGUGAUGCGGAUGUCCAAGGUGCUAUUCAAAACAUGUAUUCAAGUAUGAUGGACGCUGAGUGCGCCAAGAACCCUACCUCUGUAACUAAGACAAUUAGCUGCGACGGUUCCUGCGCGUAUGCUGAAGUCAACACAACGACCCAGAUUGCCGGAAACCCCAUGAGCAUUGGUGUUGUGGUUCGAAGUUGCAAUCCCUCAAAGAGCGUGAAUGAAGGAUGCAAAACUAUAAGUUCGAACGACGCUCAGAACAUCCAAGGUGUUCUGGGAGGCGGCCUGGACGUGGGACAGGAAGUCUCUGGGAAGAUGUGUUUUUGCAAUAGCGACAGCUGUACGCAGGAUGUGUCGUCUCUACCUGCACUUCCCAAAGCCCCGACUACCCAGUGUCACGUGUGCACUUACAUGAAGUACGAAACAUCAGACAGCCAGAUGCAGAAGAACUUCGAUCAAAUCACCCAAGCAGCCAGUGUACCCGAGUGUCUGGACAAAGGAUCCGAGACUCGCACCAUGUCCUGCGAAGGUUCUUGUCAAAACAUUGGAGCAACUGUCACUAUGAGUAUGAGAGACACGUCCGUAACUAUGAAAAUGGCCCAACGCGGAUGCGCCGGAAUAGAAACGGAGAAAAAAUGCGUGAAACUGACGCAGGAGGAUUCGGCCAUUACUCAGCUAUUCCCUCUCGAUUCACUGAAGGCAAUGGGACUCGGGGACUUCGGGAUCGACAUGGAGUACUGCACCUGUAACGGGAACGAAUGCAACAGCUUGAAAAGCACACCUUUCACUUCGGGCAGUAACGCGCCAGUAUGGAGUGCGUCCUUCCUGAUCUUAUCGGCCAUUGCUACCCUGCUGUUGUAGACGGAAAUGAACUUACCAUAUUCAUUCCAGAGUUUUAGAGUUCCAGAGUUCUUUUCAGAUGAUCGUAACCAAGCAAACUUUCAAUUUUUAUAGUCACAUGAAAUUAAUGUUAUUGUAGAAAUAGCCUUUCUUAGACGCGUUUAAUGCUUUUUUAUAGUUUUGUGUACCACUAACCGUCUGUUGUGCAGCUAUUUUGUAUCCAAGUCUAGGCAAGUAUGGGCAAGUUUUCUGAUAAACGUUAGUGCUAUUGGCCCAUUUCAGUGACGUCAUAUUUGCUCCGUAACUAUAGUCCCUCGGCCAUGUUGGAAGGAAAGAACGACGGGGAAUAGUAGCGUUAAUAUACCGUAGGUGAACCAAAUAAAAUAAAGUAAACUUCAUAUCGCGAUCAAGUACACCAAAGUUAAAAGGAUAUAUACAAGUGGAAACUUCAGCUGAUCAGCGGGAUCGACCCAAAUGAACUCAAGACAGUCUAAUCGUGAAAUCCUGCCAAAUGUGACUUAUCCCAACAUCAUGGAGUUGUCAGAAGCUAUAGUUAAAUUAUCUUGCACUUAAUUUUUCUUGUUCAUUGGGUAAUAGCAGUUAUAGUUUGAGAGAGUUUAAUGUGUCAUCAUAAGUUCAACCUUUCAUAGAAGCAACUUUUUUUCAUAAAGGAUAGAUAUAAGGAGAAAUUUGAGCUGAUCAUCGGGAUCGACCCUUAUGGACUCAAGGAAAAAUGUAUGCAGCAGUGGCUUGAAAUAUUGCUGUCAGAUAUGGCUUAUCUCUACAUUAUGAAGCUGUCAGAUAUUUUUUCAGCAUUCUUGUACUUCAUUAAGAAGUACAUGUACAUUGUAACAGUACAUGAAUUGAUCUUUAUUUCUGUAAUCAUUUGCUUAAACAUAUAGGAAAACUGCACAUUUUGUAUGAAUAAAAAUAAACAUCAAAUGCAAAACAUUGUUGACAUUAU